UUAAUACGUACUACGGAAGCGCUGCAGCUGGGCUCAAUACAAUGCAGAGCCAGUUGUGUAGGUGUGGGGCUUCCCUGCCUUUGAUGAGCACUUUCAAUGCAGCGUUAGCUUUUCAGGAGAUGCUGUUGUGAAGGAGUGUUGCCAGUACGUUAAGGUCUAAUAAGAGGAUGACUAUCUAUGAUUGUCGUAUUUGGGCGAUUUAAUGGAAACUGUAAAUUAAUGUCGCCAUUGUGGCUUCUCUGGAUAGCAAAUGAUCGGAUGAAUCUUAAGCAGCUGAAAUACAGCUAGCUAGCUUGCCAGCCAAUGAAAAUAAAAUGUUGGAAAUGUAGCCAGGUAGCGGGUUCGUUGAAUUUCUGUACCUCUUUAGCUAUCUAAGAGUAACAUCAGUUGUUAUUCUUUCUUAAUUGGGAAUAGGUUCUGUUUUAUAGCUAGUUGUGGUCACUGGCAGCUAAAUUAGCUAACAUAAUUGAGUAAUAGCAUAAAUAGCCAUCGUAGCUAGUGAACUGUCUACUUAGUAUCUAUAACGUUAUUCCUUUCAGAAUGAGAACGUGAGCAAGCUAUAAUACUUUUGCAUCAUUAGUUCUUGGUGGGACAUGUAUUGCAUGACGUGUAACUAGUUAAUGUUAGCGAAUUACUACAUUGUCUAGUUCAGUUUCGGGUGCAGUUCUACUUUUGUUGCUAAAUAACGUUGGCUAGCUACCAUCCAGGAUGUGGUGGUGGCGUGGCAGUUAUGCGAUGACGUCCAUAUCUUGACUCUUAAUUGUAAUUUGUUAAACCAGAGCGCUACAAAUUGGGAGUUUCGAGUAAUUUUGCUGGGGGUAUUUCAAAUAAAUGUGAUGCGACUAGGCAGAACCAAUCAAGGGCAACCAGUUUAUUGAUAUGCUAACUGGUACAUUUAAUAUAUCUGCCAGUGAGGAGGGCACGGAAACGAUUGACGUGGUUAGCUAGCUUGCCUGAACAGCCUCAGUAGUGCUUUGGAAGGAUAAUCUGGAAGUUAACUUUCCAGAACUUUUUAGAAGUUAGAUAUUAUUUUGAUAACCCCUUCAAAAUGGAAGAUGAGUUGUUUCAACAGCUCAUGUAUGUACUCAAUCAGUUAGUAUCAUGGGUCGCAGCUGGUGCCAUGGUGUUUGGUGGGGUAGUUCCGUAUAUACCCCAAUACCGGGACAUCCGACGAACACAGAAUGCCGAAGGAUUUUCCAUCUAUGUAUGCCUAGUCCUAUUGGUGGCCAACAUUUUAAGGAUAUUUUUUAGGUUCGGCAGGUACUUUGAGACGCCCCUGCUGUGGCAGAGUAUCAUAAUGAUAAUCACCAUGCUGAUCAUGCUGAACCUCUGCACCAAUGUCCGUGUGGCCACUGAACUCAACACCAAGCGCCGCUCCUUCAUAGCGACAGACAGUAAGGACGAGGAACUCAAAAUCCCUAAGAAGCUAUUUCUGGACUUCGACUUGAACUACUUCUGGCUGUGGAGCCGCUUCGUGGACUACCUGCUGUGCGUGCUGUCCUUCACGGCUGUGGCGGCCUACGUCACCUACCUCCUCCUGGACUCCUUCCUGUUCGUGGAGACGCUGGGCUUCCUGGCGGUCUUCACUGAGGCCAUGCUGGGGGUCCCGCAGCUCUACUGCAACUACCAGAACAAGUCCACCGAGGGCAUGAGCAUCAAGAUGGUGUGUAUGUGGACCAGCGGGGACACCUUCAAGACGGGCUACUUCCUGGUGACGCAGGCGCCCGUGCAGUUCUGGAUCUGCGGCCUGCUGCAGGUGUGCGUGGACUUCGCCAUCCUCUUCCAGGUCUACUACUACAGCCGCUACCCGCAGAAGCCCGCCUCCCACACGGCUCACCCCACCAGCGCCAAGGCCCUCUGAGGCGGGCACGGGGCCGGGGGCACGGGGGCGUGGGCACUGGGGCGUGGGUACACGGACGCUCACCCACGUCACAGUGCCGGGACCAGCCAGACGCUGCCAAGCAAAAGAUAUUCCUUAACUAGUUUUCGGCUGAUGAGAAUGAUUAUUAUAUCUCCGUUGUAUUCCUUGCAUAUCCAUGGAUAUUUAACCUUAUGUGCACAUAUAUGUGGGUAUGUAUGCAUGUAUGUGCGUAUGUGUCUUCAUACAAGCGCAGAAUAACAUGCAAUCCUUCUCAUGUGGUCAUACGCAAACACGCAAACACAGACGCACGCACACACACGCACGCAUGUAUAUAGACACAUACAGUACUAUAUUAUCUUACUGUCUUUUGUACUGUAAACAGUUUGCUAUUCGAAUGCUAAUGAGCGUUCCCUUUCCUAUUGACUAUCCCGGGUUUGGAUGAUUGUUGCAUGGAUACCUUUGCCUUAUAGACUUUGUGAAGGGCUGGUUACUUCUAUAUUUUGACAAAACAUAAGUACGCUAAGUGACGUAGUUUUACACUACGUUGUCCUUAUCCUGCAAGAUUGAUGGAGACAUUUAUGAAUGUACAACCGUGAUAAUCUUUUGCAUUGACAUUUCAUUGACAUGCUCGCAUUUUUCUUCAAAGCAGACCUGUCUGGUCUGGCAAAGAUCAAGUCAAGUCAUCAUUUAUUUGAAGUGCAUUUCACAGAUGUCCUCAAAGUACCUUUUCCAUUGUGGUUUCCACCACGUAUCUGCAAACUGACAGAGGACAAAAAGCGAUUUUGGCGAUACCAAAAAUGGAUUUGAUGCCUGCUCGCUGUCGGAGGGGCUGGACGCUGCUCUGGAGACAAAAGUCCGUCUCCCCGCACUGUGUCUCCUCUCAUCCCUCCCGCUCUGUCCGCUGGCUCAGAGGGUUGGAUGAAGAGGGUGCACUGUGACACACGCACAAUCUCAGGUAAAUUAGGCCUGCCCCCCCAAACCCUGCACUCCUGCUAAGCUCCUGCGCUGCGGAUGGCUGACUGUCGCCCUCUGCAAGACAACGGACAUGGCGGCUCCUGCAGUUUCCGGCAUCACCCGUUCACUUUUGAGGGCCAGGAUCCCCGUCUCCAUUAGGAGAACCUGUAGAAGUGCCGCUGGAACAGAGGGGUCAGGCAGACAAAGCCUCUCCUGACGCGUGCGGUGUAGUUGGACGGAUCGGCAAUCGCUGCGCAUGCAGAGUUUUGCAUCGUUGCCCUUGAACCCCCAAACCCCCCACCCCCCCUACCCCACGUCACAUGAACUGAAGAAAGUGAGACCGAGUCCCUCAUUUAUGAUAAGUGCAUGCGAUCACAUGCUCUCGCGAGAACGGAGGGUGGAAUUUUGACAAUCAAGGGAGCAUUGAAAUUAGAGGCAUUGGUCAGAUGGUGUUGAUGUUGUUUUACGGUGGCAGAAAGGCAGGCAUCGGCGUAGAAGCCCCUGGGUUAGGUAGGGAAGCCCUGACCUGCUGGUGGGUAGGGAAACCCUGACUUUUUUUCUGUCUUCUAGCCAGCCGCAGCCAUCAUGGUUUUACUUAAUUCAUUUCUUUUUAAUGGGGUCAUAUACUUUCUUUUUUUUCUACACUAAGUUUGUUAGGUUUUGGAGACGUUUCUGGAUUAUGAAGGGGGAGAAAGUCAGCAGAUCUAUAUGAUGUGUAACGCAACAUGAGGAAAUCGAUGCGUUUCUUCAGCUUCAUGGCUGCGUGUCGCUCAAUAGGAAGGAAGUGUUCGCCUGACUGGCAGAUUGCACAUUGUGCCACGUUCUCUGUUCUGUCUCGUCGAGCGCUGCAUAAUUUGACUGGUCAGUGUUGGAACACAGCGUGACUAUACUGUGACUGGACACUUCUUGGUCGAGAGGUCCAAAAGAUGAGUAUUUCAGUAACUUUGUCCACGUUUAUGACUCAACCUUAUGAGUCUUCAUAGUGGCCCAUCUUGUAUAGGUCAGUCAAGUUUUCCAUAGGCUCAUAGUUGUUGUUAUAGGUUACAGUAACCGGUACCUCAGUUUCACAAGUUAACACCGUCAGAAGGGUCAGUAUGAUUUCCUGGAAAAUGGGUGUGUUUUCUAAGGUCACUAAGGCCAAUUGAAUAUAUGUUAUUAUCAUUUCUGAGAUACAGUGAACUUAAGUGUCAAUAUUUAGGCAUUUAUGUGCCUACUCAUUUUACAUGACGUGACCCGGACUUACAGGACACAAUUUUUUAUUUGAUUUGUAUCUUUUUUUCUAAGAAAGAUCUUUAUUUUUAUUAUUAUUGUUAACCAUUUUGUUUGUUGCACAGUAAUCAUGUUCUGUCAGUGCCAGUUACGUAUUUAACGGACUUUCGUGUUCACAGCUUUUCAGUGGAUUAGACCAGGGAUUCCCCAACAUUCCAAGCCCAAGACGUACUAUAAAAGUGUAGCUCAACUUGUUCAUAUGUGGAAUAAAACAUAUAUUUUUGGAAUAAACAUACAUACGUCAGCAUGACCACAUAUACACUGGCCAGUUCCACGUGUAAUUUGAUUAGUGUGAAUGCCUGUCCAGUGGUACAGUACUGAUUCACUUUACAGAUUUCCCUGUCGCAUCUUAAAACCCGCCUAUGGGUUGCGAUCCACCGUUUGGGAAUCCCUGGUUUAGACGAAUAAGGAAAGAAUGUCUAUCCAGUUGAGUGCUUGAUGUAGUGAUUAGUCAUUUUCAGAGGCCAGUCUGUAUUCUGUGUCUGGAAGAGUGAAUCAUGAAUUCUCAUAUGAUUCUGUGCAAGGCCAUUUUAAAGGUAGUUUUGCACUGCACCAGAGUGGCCAUGUUGUCUUCCAAGUGUUGAGUUAGCCCUGUAGAUUUAUUGUUUAGUUUUUUAAUACAUGUCUAGUUUGUUUCUAGUUGAUUCUUCAAGCUCUUACAUGGAACACGUGGCCAAACCUUUCCUGAGAACAGUAAUGCUCAAAAUGGGGAUCCCUCAGUCAAAAGCUUUUUUUGUUGUGUUUUUAUGUGAUUACCUUUACUUUUUAAAAUUAUGUGUCAAGUUCUUUCACCAUGUUCCAUCUUAAUGAGUCAGUUGAGUAUAAUCUCACAUAGGCAAAUAAACAUGUUUUUAUACAAGAAUACCCACAUGUAUUUUAUAUUUAGACUUAAGGUCUGCCAACAUUCGAAAACAAAAGCAAAGAUUUAUCAAAGGUACGUGACAUUGUUUCAUUAAAAGUGGACAUGAGAGUA